GUCUGAAUGCGCAGCUAUGAGCUGGCUGACAGGAAUGGCUGGGGGAAAGGAGGAAAAAAAUCGUGUUAUCUGUGCACUCAGAGCUAGCUUUGGGAAUAUUACCAAAGUAUGUUAGCUGACCCGUAUUAGCAGCUCGCCUGGUCCCUCAAAUGAGGGAUGUAACCUGCUUUGUCGAGCCUUAUGAAGAGCCACAUGACCGUUAAGCUUCCAUUCUUCACUGCGAGCACAUGUCAUGCAAGGAGGGGCCUUAAACUAAAGGCAACCAAAAGCGACAUCGCCACCCAACUCAAAAUACUUUGAUUGUCUCUUCGGAAUGACUCUUCUCUUCUUAAGUGGAUGAAAUGCCUUGACCUUACCUCCGCCGUAUGAUGGAAGGUUUAGUCUCCUCUGUGGGUUUGGUGGUAAUGCUCAAGGCUCUUAUGCAUGCCCAUGGCCAGCGUGCAGUGUUUCUGGGGAUGACGGUGUUGGUAAUCAUGAUCGCAGCCGACUCACCUGUUGAAGAUGGGUCUCUGUUGCGCUCCACACACCACUCUAAGGGAUUUCUUCAAGAUGUUCCAAUUUCAACAGGGUCGUCACCAUCAGCCUUACCAGCCUCACAUACUACUGCCUUUGGGAGCUCAGACUCACCUGGUGCCCUGCCAUCCAUUCCUGAACCCGACCAUGAAGCUAGGACUGCUGACAGCAUGCGUUUUCAGUGGGGACAUGUUGCUCCUGAAAACUCUAAAUCCUUCACGCCAAGUUACCUCCUUGCGGAAAAACCACAGCCUCUUUCCACUCCAUCAUUAAGUCCCUCUGAACAUGUAUUGGGGUCUAGUCCACAAUUUGAGGCACCAGCUAAACUCUCAUCAGACUGGAAGCUUGCCAGGAUAAAUUCUGCCAAGCAAGCUUCCUCUCUCUCUCCAGCUCCUACAAGAUCUCAGCUGCAGCCUCAGUCAAAUAUAUCUAUAACAUCCAAAAUAAGCUCCUCAGCUUUUACAAGGUCAACAACACCGCAGCUCAGUUUUACUUCUGAGCAAAAAGUUCUAGAUGCACCUUUGUCAGCUUUCAGGAAGCAACAGGAUGGAGCAUCAGAACAAACACAAUCAAUCAUAACCUCACCUCCUAGUCAGCCUCUUGAGACCCCUGAAUUGGCUUUCACUGACUCUAUGUCAGAUGAAUCAUAUAUUUUAGAUCAUGUCUUACUUGACCCCAAGCUUCCUGUAAAUGCUCCAGGCAAAAUUCAGGAUGUAAACCAACUGAACCCCAGCAGUGCUCCCUUGCAGGCGAACAAACCAGCACAUGACAUAAACAUGCUACCCAACCCAGAUGAGAUUCUGGCUCCUAGCUACUAUGUGCCUUUCAUCGGCCCCCACCCUACAUCACCUGUAUCUGAACCCACUGAGGUCUCUCCAGAGGACUUCUACCCUACCAACACCAUGGAAUUGGACUGGGGGUCUGGGGACUACAUGGAGACAAUGUCGUUCUUGAAUUCAGAGGGAGAUGACUACUCUCUGGUCACCAAGGUGCCCUCUGACACAUACGAUCUGGAGGACUAUACAGAAAGUUAUGAUACAUCCUUCCCUUCCAGGGCAGGCAUAUCACCUUCAUCCUUGCAUCCUUUUCACAUCUCACCAUCUUCCAGCCUAAUGACAGCAUACAGCACCAUUCUUCCACUGAAAUCCAUUUAUCCUUCCUCUUUGUCCUCUACAAUUCACUAUACACUGGAACCUACUCCCACAAUUCACAACGAUAUAACCGAAGCAUCAGACAUAGAUUGGUCAGAUACUUUCAGCAUUCAACCAACAGACGUCCUCUUACCUGACAUGAACAGCUUGGAAUAUUACACCACUCAGUUGACCAAGGAGAACAGUGGAUCAGACAGUGGAGCUGAACAAAGAGGGAAUGUUACUGUGGUGUCUAUCAGUACUACAGACAUCACACCCACCAGCAGCUUCACCAAUGAUACCAAAUCGACUGAGGAUGAAUCCUCCAGUGAUCUGUCAGGGUUUGAGCCUAAUGACGAAACACCACCAACCACAGAGGAGAGUCCUCGGCUGGUCAAUGUCUCAGAGCCUUUUCUGCAUCCUUCCAUAGUCACAACACCCUUCUUUGAUCCUUCUUCCUCCAUCUGGUUUGGUCAAGUGUCCACCAAAGAUUGGUCUGCAGCUUCUCUUACUUUCACCCUGGACAGCACCUCAUCAACAGCAGCUAUUCUACCCGGUGCUACGGCUUUACUGCCAGAUGAUGUAAUGUCUUCCUCUCUGACAGAUGUCCACUGGUUUGUUACAGAGUUUUUCCCACAGAGUACCAUACACACCACUCCUGUCUUAAGUGCAACAGCAGCCUUCUCCCCAGUUCCCACUGAACAUCCUGCCAACACGACUGCUGGUACAACAGACAUUUAUCCCCAAGACACUCCUAUUACAACUGAACCAACUCUUAAUACCACUUUAGCUUCAACAGAACCCACAUCUAAUGUCACUUUGCUCCCCCCAAUCAUGCUGGGUGAUCAAGGGGUGACUGAAGAUGGAGUUGACAUCCCAGCCACAAUGACCUUGAUCCCAGCUAACAGUGAAGCUAACACAAUCUCUGCUGUACCCACAACUACAACUGCCACCACUACUUCUCGUCAAGCAACAACUGGAGCUACUGCUACCACAGAAGCAUCCACAAGUGUCAGGAUCAUCUCUACCACCAGUGUUAAGACCCCGACUACAGCAACAACAUCAAAACAGUACUUCUGCGACCUUGACAAGCCUGCUUAUUUAGUAAAAGUUGGCUUUCCCUCUGGGGCCACUGUUGGAUAUGCCAAAUCUCAAGUCAGAGACAUCCUGAAAUUGGAAUACAACAAAUCUGUUGAGCUGCAGGUUGUCGACCCCCCACCAAAGUUUGUGUUUCGGGUGGUGUCUGGUCCAGUCGUGUACACAGCCAUAUCUGUCAUCAAUGCACUGCGAAGGUCUGGGCGCCGCUUCCUGUCUGUGUCUCCCAACUGGACAACACCAGACAGUAAAUAUCAAGUCCACACAGUGCUGCAAUUUGUUCCUGGCCACAUAGAUGUGCGAUUCUGCAAUUUUAGUGAGGGUAUUGAGAAAGGUUUGACCAGGGCCUUUGCGGAAGUGCGUCGACGCUCAAGGGAGUCCACCAACUUCACGGUGCAUAUCGUAAACAUAACCAUGGCUCCUAAAUAUCAGGAGCAACGGCUAGUGAGGCAGCCGGUGGACAUCACCUUCACUGUGAGGACUUCCAGGGGUUAUCUAAUGGGGUCAGAGGUCAGCAACGCUCUGAUGAAGCUCACCAUGGUGGAAUUCAGCUAUUACAUGGGCUUUCCUGUUCUUCAAAUUGCUGAGCCUUUCCAUUAUCCAGAGUUGAAUACCAGCCAGUUUUUUCGGUCCUCCUGGGUUAGAACAGUGCUCCUGGGUGUACUGGACCAGAAAGUGGGUGAGAGGACCUUUCAAGCCAACAUAGAGCGCCGUGUGGCCAUGUUGCUUGGGGAGGCAAUGGGAUUAGUCAGACGUGUUAAGAGAGCCACCACCAUAGGCAACAGCAGCGUUCAGGUUGUAAGUAUGAGCCGGCUGCUGGGUGCAGACCAGCCCUUGGCGAUCGUGUAUUUCGUGGAGGGUCCCAGCGGUCAGCGGAUGCCUGCAGUCAAAACAGCCAACCUACUCAACAGCUUGGACGUUCAAAAGGCUGCCAUUGUCUUGGGAUAUCGUGUUCAGGGCAUUUUAGCACAGCCUGUAGAGAAGUUGGCGUCCUCACCCUCCGACACUGAGAACACCAACAUGUGGAUCGUCAUCGGGGUGGUGAUUCCCCUCCUGGUGGUCAUCAUCAUCAUUUCCAUCCUCUACUGGAAACUAUGUCGGACAGACAAGCUGGAGUUCCAGCCAGACGCCAUGACCUCCAUCCAGCAGAGACAGAAGUUGCAGGCUCCCAGUGUGAAAGGCUUUGACUUUGCCAAGCUGCACCUUGGCCAGCAGAGUAAGGAUGAUGUCAUGGUGAUCCAGGAGUCUGUCCCGCCAGGCCCUGGCCCUGGGCCCCUGCCCGUGUCCAUUAAAGAAGGCCUCAGUCCAUCAGAGAACGGGGAGAUCCCUACCCCGAUAUCAAAAUCCUCAGCCACCUCCACCAAGGCAUCCCGCAGUGGUCGAAGACGAGAAAGGAUCUCACCAUCAGACGGUGAUUCCGUGGUGAGUGACCGUUCCAGUGAGCGAGAAUCGACUGAGGAGAACCUGAGAGCCCACGCCACGCCCAGCGACAGCAAGCAGAGCCGUAAGCUCCCCAUCAAUGUUUUAAAUGGUCCUCCACCUAUGAACGGCACGACCGAGCAGCUGUCCUCAGCCUCCAUCUUUGAACAUGUCGAUCGGAUGUCUCGUGCCACAGACGCAAGCAGGAGACUCCCCAGCAAAGUCCAGCUUAUCGCCAUGCAGCCCAUGCCUGUCCCACCACUGCACAGCCCCACCAUUAAUGGCAAACUGACCGACACCAACCAAAUCAACAAAGAGAUCCAGGUAGCACUAAGACACAAAUCAGAGAUCGAGCACCAUCGUAACAAGAUACGUCUGCGCGCCAAGAGAAAGGGCCAUUACGACUUCCCCGCGAUGGAUGACGUGAGCAGUGGCAUCGGAGACCCCAAAGACCAGGAUCGCAUCUAUCACAAAGCACAGAUACAGAUUGAUAAGAUCCUGGACCCGAAUGCACAGAUACCCUCCAUCUUCAUGGAGCCAAAGAAAAGUGGUCGAGGGAGGCGCUCUCCCAAACAAAGGAUGAAGGAACAGCUGAAUGGAGGCAUGAUGGAUGCAGACAAAGACCACCUCAUCACUGAGGACACUGAUGCAGCUUACAGAAAGUGCCCUGGGGUCAACAAUGUGGCCUAUGUGUCGGACCCUGACCAAGGCCCAGGAUCCCCUCACAGGAGCCCCUCCCCCACCGAUGACGUCUUCCUGGGUCCUGCUUCCUCUCCUCCAGGUCAUGCCCCUCCCCCACCCCCCUACAUGCCCCCACAGCCCUCCAUUGAGGAGGCGCGGCAGCAGAUGCACUCCCUGCUCGACGAUGCCUUCGCCCUCGUGUCGCCCACCUCUCAGGGCAGCACAGCGGGAAUCACUCUCCCCGGGGUCAACACCAACCCCCCUAGCUCCAGCCCCCCAGGCCGUGGGCCCAGAUCUUGGGGUCCCUCCUAUCCAGGCCUUGGUCCUUUCCCUGGUAGAUUCACUGAGCUGAGCAUGUCCCCUCCUGCAGUCCAAGGCCUGAUACCAAGGCAAGGCCUUGGCUCAAGCUACCUGCCACCAGGAGAAACAGCAGGACACGCUGAGCAGCUCCAGCCAGACAGCCUGUUCUCCAGCAGGGGCCUCUACGCUGAUGAGCUGCCCUCGUCUGCAAGGCCGCGACCAGUAGGGGGCACUACAGGUGCCCAGUUCCAUCAUCUUACACAGGUGGGCUUGUCCAGCCGGAUGAAUGGUUACCCAGCGGGGGUCAGGGCUCCCCUGGGCCAGAACGGAGGCAUUGGCUGGAACAACUACCAUGAUGACAAUUUCUCCCGGGCAGAACCUGAAAAAGAUACAUUCCUGGACUGUCCUGACUACUCGUCCUCUAUCUUCCAGAUGCCCAGAAGUGUUAUCAGGGAGCCCUCUGCACCCCCUGCCCACCUAGACACUGGGGUGGGUUAUCUAUCAGCCCCACCGCCUAUGGAUACGACCCCUCCUACCCAUUCCUCUGCCUCCCUGAUCAAGGCCAUCAGGGAGGAGCUGUUGCGUCUCUCCCAGAAACAGGCAGCUGUGUCCAGCUAUCACAGCUGAAGCUCCAGUCUGUAGCUCUUACCAGUCAUGCCACUGACCCUGCCUGCCUGCUUCGCCUAAUCUGACAAUGCUUCCCAUGGAAGUCCCUGAGGGUGUACAGCAGAGAGAUAGUCCUGCUAAACUGACACAAAGCAGUGACUAAUUGAGGUUUCUAUCUGAAAUGGCCGCCUUUUCGAAGAACUGAAUGACAGGACGGUUGACAGAGCCCCUGGACUAUUCAGAGAGCACAGAAUCAGAUCAACUGCAGUAUAUCGAAUCAGAGACAGUGUUACAAGACGAAGAAUAUGAACAGUAUGCUGGACCUAAAUGAGAUGAAUGGACGUGUUUCUGUCCUGUGGAUCAGGGAAGGAUCAUGCCAAGCUGUGGAUCCACAUUUUGGACUUUGUUUGAGAUUUUGCUGCAUUUCUUUGGACUCAGUAUUCAGUGUCAUGGUUUCAUUCUCAUGCUGCCUUCACUAAAACAGAAAUACUCCGCAAGACAUAUUUACAGUCAGUUAAAGAAAUUGCUCAAACUACCAUACAUGUCAUUUUCCAAUGCAGGCCCUUAACCUCCAUAUCACCAUCGGGUGCUACUUCAUGUUUUCUGCCAUGAUGAGCCAUGCUAUGCCUUGACACUGUGAUGUUAGUUCACGUGACCCAAUCUGCUGUACGAGCCUACAGUAAGGUCAUAGUUCACAGCCAGCGAGCCAGUUCAGAGAGUAGGCACAAAGGGGCAUAACAUAGAGACUAUUAACUCUCAUUAACACUACCUAUUCUUUCCUUACUUACUGCAGUAGCACAGCGUUAGUCGGAGUUGAUACUUUUUGACCUUAACUUGUUUUUUUGUUUUUUUUUUGUGGACACCUUGCGUUCAAGUCCUGUCUUGUAUCUUGUACCUUGUUUUUGUUUUUUUUAUUUAUGUUUAGUAGCUAACAGACUGCUAGACAAACAAGAAAAAUGGCCUUGAUAUCACAUUAAUCUUCAAAUACAACUCAAGGCGUAAGUUUCAAAGAUGCAGGCACAAAUGUGUUAGAAAUAAUGACUAAAGAAUGACAGUAUGUACUUGACAAUUCUGGCGUACUGUAUGUACUCAGCAUUUGGUUGUAAUUUAAUGCACUGUAUGCAGACUACUAGGUACAGCUCAGGUCUUUUAAAAAAAAGAGAUUCUUAAAGGACAAAUCAGUAAAAAAAAAGACAGUUUGAUAGGUCAUGCGGAUGAAAUGUUAAUGAGGGAAAGUCAUAGAGACCAGUAUUGUGUUUUAUCAUUAUCAUAUUGACUAUAUACUGAAUCACCAUCACUGUUUUCAUGCAGUAUUUCGAGUUUGCUUUGCCUUUUUGUUCGCACAGGAGGGGGAAAAAAAAGUGUACUGUAUUUGAUAUCAUUUAAGGUUUACUUCGACCAGUCAUGUAUGUGCUUUUUUCAAUUUCUUUGGAUUUACCUUGCCUCAUGUCAUUAUGUUCACCUUAAAUGUCACUUAGUCAUCAAACUGGUCGGAAAUCAUUCUAGGUUCCUUUUUUUUUUUUCCUUUCUUAUGUGACCCUCCCCCCUGACAUGUUGUGAUAUUUUGGGGCCUGAAGUGAUAUUUUAUUUAAAUAAAAUAAGGAGAAAAUUAUGGAUUUUAAAAACAGGGCCUGAAAAUAUGUUAGUGGAGUGUGUACCAGUAUUAUGUGGCGGAUUAAAAAUCUUCCCCACACAAACAACAACUGAACUGUUUUGGCAGUGAGUCGAAAGGGUGAAAUUUUCCCCGCUGCAUACCUCCCUUGCCUUGUUUUGUUCACCAUGUGAAGUGCCUUUUGGAUUCACUUGAACAGAUUAAGCAGUAAGACAGGAAUUCAUAAUUCAUAAUCAUUCUCAGCUGUUGGCUGUUGAUCUGUUGGUGCUUUUGAGAGCUGAAAUGAAAUAACAUCCAGGUAACGGUGAUCAAACAUUGUCAUUGUACGGAGUUUCCUCUGCUCUUCGGGGAGGUGUUUUCAUGUGUGGUUGUCCACUUCAUCUCUAUGUUCCUGUUUUAUGUUACCAAUCUCACACUGUAUGCCUCCAUCUGCUGGUUCUGUACUGUAACAACAGCCCGUUCACUUUUGUUCAUCCUCAGUUGCUUUCUUAUAUUUUAUUUUUUUUCCGUUGUGUUUCAGCUAUUUCUGUGUCUUGUAUUUUGUCAAAAUGAUCUGUUGGCUGGCCCAACCGUUACGUUUGAGUCACGUUGCAUGUUUAAGUGUCGCAUUUCUUUUGUUUGUGUUUGCGCAUGCUGUUCCACAAUUCUUGAAAUACAAAUGAAACUGUCA